AUGACGCUUCCGUCCAUCAACGUUCCCAAAAUGCCUCGCGCUGCCAGCGAGCUCCUAAACGGCUCGUAUUUUGGCAGCCGAAGCGCGCGCGAGAGCCUUCCGACGCUCAGCACCCAGAGCAGCAGCCUAUCAGAUCGAAGCAUAUCGACGCGCAGCGAGCCGGCGCUGAGCAGCGGCGGAGAGAUGGCGGAGCUCGAGCACCAGAGCUCCGCCGGGGGAAAGGCGCAAGCGGGGGGGGAAGCGGAGGGCGGAAAGACGGCGCAGCAGAAGCAGCAGUGGGGCGCGUGGCACGCGCAGGUGCAGCAGCUGUGGGGAAGCAGCAGCCAGCUGCUGGCGCGGUACACGAGCGGGGGGAAGGUGGCGUCGCUCGAGAACAACUGCGCCAUGCAGAGCGCGUGGAAUCCCGUGGGCGCGCAAGGGGAAUCCGACCGACCACAGCACGUCGUGAUUUACAUCUGUGAAUCCCGGUCGAGGGAGACUCGAUCCUCGUUAGUGAGUGCCCCCCUAAGAGAUUCCUUCGCCACGCUUGCUCGUGCCCUUCCCAUCCCUUCGGCCUCGUCGUCGCAUCGGCCUCCCCUACAUCUCGUACGCGCACUCCCCGAUCCCGGAUCUGUAACGAGUAUAGAUACUUUCAAACCGUUACAGGCGGCAGCAGGCGAGGAGCGAUCGUUGCGGAAGGAGGAGAGAGUGGAAGGGAGGGAGGCAGAGGGAGAGAGAGAUGCGGGUGGGAGGGUAGGGGAAGAGAAACUGCCGAACCAGGCGAGAGCGGAGGUCGCGGAGCAGCAAGAGAAGGAGGCGGAUAAGGAGGAGAAGAGAGAGGAGGAAGUGAAAGAAGGGAAAGAAGAAUCAGAAGAGGGGGACGACGAGGAUCCCGAGGUGGAGGCGGGCUUUAAGAUGUCGCGCGUGUGCGACCGGCUGGUGGACGUGUUCUGGGUGGAGAAGCCCGACCCCGCGCAGUGGCGCCUGCUGCUCGCCUUCAGCGCCGAGUGGGCGCGCAUCCGCCCGCACUUCUUUGCGCGCGCCAAGCUGCGCGCGCGCGAGUUCGAGGAGCAGGGCAAGCCCGACAAGGCCGCGGAACUGUACCGCCUGGCGCGCAGGCUCAAAGAGGUGGACGACUCAAUGACGGCACACAACGAGCUCUUCUCAUUGGUGGAGGAGCACGAGGCGGAGGGCGCGCUGGAAGGGCUGGUGGCGAGGCGGCGGAGGGACUUCACGGGGGAGUUCUUUGAGCACCUGCAGAUCCUGUGCCACACCAACCGUGAUCACCCUCAGCGGCAGGACGAGAUCGCAUCCCUGGCAGCCAAGUGCGUGACAGCGGUGGACAUUCACGAUAAGGUGGAGGCGGAUGAGGUGGCGGUGGAGGCGGCUCAAGCCAAGUUUGACGACAUCAUGGGUAGCGCCAGCCUGGCAGAGGCGUGUGGGAAGAUCGACCAGCUGGCGGCGCGGCAGCAGCUGGACUCGACGCUCAUGCUCAUGAUCACCAAGGCAUGGGCUGCUGCCAAGGAGAGCAACAUGAUGAAGGAUGAGGUGAAGGACAUCAUGUACCAUCUGUACAAGCAGGCGCAGAUCAACAUGCGCAUGCUCGUGCCCAAGGAGGUGCGCAUCCUGCGCCACGUGCUCGCUAUAGACGACCCCCGCCAGCAGCUCACAGAGCUCACCAACGCCUUCUCGCCCGGUGGAGAACUGGAAGUGCAGAAUGCCUCAGAAGACAUGCUCUACACAACACCGGAGAAGCUCUUGGAGGUGAUAGAGCAGGUGCUGGAUGCGUACUAUGCGCAGCGCAGGCAGCAGAGCUCGCUGAUUGACGAGGCCAAGAAGCUCAUGAACCCAGCGGUGAUUGCCAGAAUGGAGGUGCUGAAAGACAUGAUAGUCGAUCAGUUUAUGUAG